UGAAUAACCAACACACUUCAUCUUGUUGGCAUUUACCUUGAGAUUCAGACUCCCUGCAGUGCGUGUCUCUUCAGAUAUAUAUUGUUUUAUUCUUACAUGGCCUUGAUUGCCCUACCUGAACAGCAUAUUCAAUCACCAUCCCACCGACAAGAGCGUUGCGCCUCAUAGGUACAUGAAUGUACUUAGAUUGAGCCGUUGUGAGAAGAGAACAGUGUUGGCAUUUUGGCCCCCCAUAGUUAUCCUGCCAGGCCUCUUCUGGGCCUAAGGCUACGAAGUCUUGACUAUAUAUGAUCAAAUCAUUCUGCUAUAUACCUGGCAGAAGCACCAGAUCAUCCCCCCAGAUCAGCUACAAAGCACCAAAUCGCUACUUCUCUCUCGCCAUGGGGAAUAAGAAUCAUAAAGGCCGCCACGGCCGGGGCAAUAUGGGUGGAAAUAAAAAGCCUCCACUGACACAUUUCCUCUGCCUGCCCCUUGUCAACCAAUCCUCUGCUACCCAGCUCGUUAAUUCCCUAGCGGAUUUUAAAUCGAAAAUUCCACUUAUUUUUCCGCCAGCAGCUGCAAGAGCAGAAGCAGCAGGGCAUGCUGUGCGCAUACCAUUGGUCCCCGAUGAUGCUAUGAGGCCCCUGGGGACCUUGCAUCUGACGCUAGGUGUGAUGAGUCUCACAACGGAGGAAAGACUACAGCAAGCUCUAGAUUUUCUGCAAUCCUUGGACCUCAAUGCAAUGCUAAAGGAGGCGGGGACUCAGGCGGAGUCGACAUCUGAUGAGCAGUUAUGCGAAGCUCCAGCCGAUGAGAGCUUGGAGCCUCUUACUAUUACGCUAACUUCGCUAUAUGCACUGCCGAAACCUCGCUCUGCAACAAUACUACAUGCCCAUCCCUUAGAUCCGACGUCACGUCUCUACCCUUUCUGUGUCAACUUGCGAAACAAGUUCAUUGAAGCGGGGCUUAUGCACUGUGAAAUGAUUAAAGAUCCGAAAGGCAAAGGGAGAGCUCAGGGAGAGGAGAAUACACCUCAGUCUACCAGCGUAUCGAGGCCGACAGUUGAGCACAGUGAUAGUGAUAGCGAUGGUGGUGUGGACCUACCCGUCAUUCGCAACGCAAAAUCUACUGCUUUGGGCCAAGAAGGGCUGGUGCCCAGACCACUCCUGCUACAUGCUACGAUAUCAAACACCAUAUAUGCAAAAAGCCGACGGACCUUCUCAAAUGACAAGAGAAAGAAGAGGGAGGCCUAUAAGUUUGAUGCAACGGAAUUAAUUGCCAUGUUUGGGGACAAUGCUAGUCCGCAUAGCCAAGGUCAAAACAAGAGUCAAAAAAAUCAUGGCGAAAAACAACUGCAAGCUCAGAGAAAUGCUGCGAGAGAGCCAUAUAUCUGGGCGAAGGACAUCUUGCUCGAUCGCAUAUGCAUCUGUGAAAUGGGUGCUAAGCCCGUGCCACAUGAUGAGUCAAAGGAAGGCCCUGCCUUGGUUGAAGAGUACACUGUUGUUGGAGAAAAGAGGUUUUGA